UGUUGUGCCCGCAAUGCAUUGUGGUCCAUAACGCUGUCAAAUCCCACCAGAAGCACUCAAUUGAGUGCUGUGUAUUUAGCUAUAGUAGUUGACUGUAUUUAAGACAGAUGGACAGACAGAACACGUCUCAUACAUAGCUCAAUAAUUAUCACGUUGUUUACAUGCAAGGAAAAUUAAGGUGGGAUUGUGAUGUGAACAUUUAUUCAUUGCAUGAUAUUGUUUGAUUAGCGAAGUAAUCUUAGCUCCCACAAUUCUCUAGUUGUUAGCCAGCUGCCAGUUCGGUCAAGCAACUUGUACGACUUUCGCCGACUCAACAUAACAAUGGGAUGAUAUUUUUAUGUGAUAUUUAUCAAGUCGUCUUUCUACUCUUGCGUUCAGCGAGCAAGCUUACAGGAUCUCUUCAAGGUUACCAAAACUUUUUGUGGAAGACGUCACUUUUAUUUAUUUUUUUGUUCACUAACCCAAGGUUACCAAAACUUUUUGUGGAAGACGUCACUUUUAUUUAUUUUUUUGUUCACUAACCAAAGAUUUAAGACUGGCUUCAAACACCAAAAAAGGAAAUGGAGGUCUGCUUCAGACUGCUGUCUCAAGGUGGUCUAUGGAGGACUCUGGAACAAAAAGCCGGCAUGUUCCCUGCCCUCCUCUCCCACUGUUUAACUUGUAGACAUGUGCGUAGGUCAAGUCAUUUUGUCUGUCGGCCUCCUCCUCAUCAUUCCUUGGAGAUAUCUGCAAUUGGUGGUUGCCGGGGUUUGCUGUUGCAAACGUCAAGUAGGAACUCAUUUUCAUGGCAUAUCCAUCGGCACAGAGUAACAGAGACCUCCCAAGCAUCCCUUUCUAGUGUGGUACCAGUAUUUGUAGUGAUGAAAUUUGACAAGGAAGGUAACGUGACCUCUUUUGAGAGAAAAAAGACAGAGCUGUACCAGGAGUUGUGUCUGCAGGCUCGUGACCUGAGGUUCCAGCACGUCACCAGCAUCAUGGCUCGGAAUAACUGUAUCAUUAUCCGUAUGGAGUCUCUUAAAGCGGUGGUGACGCCACAGUGCCUGCUGAUCUUGGAUUUCCGCGGUAUGGGGCUAGAACGGUGGCUGGUCCGGGAACUUGGGCCUCAGCUGGCUGGGGAUGGAGCCCUGGCCACCUACUCAUUGCCAUUUGAAUUCAGAGCCAUUGAAGCUAUCCUGCAACACAGGGUGAAUAUACUGCAGGCCAGGCUGAACGAGGUGCAGCCUCAGAUCCUGGACACGCUAGAGUCCCUGGUUGACCCAAAGCUUCUCUCUGCAGACCGUAGUAAACUACAUAUCCUCCUGCAGAACAGCAAGAGUUUAUCAGAACUGGAAACGGACAUCAAAGUCUUCAAAGAGUCUCUGUUGAAGAUCCUGGACGAGGAGGAGCUUGUUGAUGAGCUAUGUCUCACUAAAUGGACGGACCCACAAGUGUUUGAGGAGAGCAGCCUCGGAAUAGAUCACGCAGAGGAGAUGGAGCUGCUGCUGGAGAACUACUUCAUGCAGGCGGAGGACCUAGGCAACAAGACACGAGAGCUCAAGGGCCUCAUUGAUGACUCGGAGAGUGUCAUCUUCAUCAACCUGGACAGCCACCGGAAUGUGAUGAUGCGGCUGAAUUUGCAGCUAACCAUGGGAACCUUCUCAGUCUCUCUCUUCGGGCUGAUGGGUGUGGCCUUUGGAAUGAACCUGGAGUCCUCAUUUGAAGAGGAUCCACGUGUGUUCUGGCUGGUGACAGGGUUCAUGUUCCUGGGAAGCGGCCUCAUCUGGAGGCGCCUGCUUUCCUUCCUGGGUCGCCAUUUGGAGCCAUCCUCGCCACCCCCGAUCGCAUCAGUGUGGAAGAAGGGUCCGAUAAACAGCCUGAGGCCACUGGAAAGUAAGGGUGGAGGGAGAUGAGGGUAUAACCCCCCCAAAACAGUAAGAAGUAACUAGCAUCAAGUAGGAUUCCCUGCAACCACCUGCAUUUCCACCUGCAAGCUAAAUCUGUACCACUGAAAGUUGUUUUAACUGUGUAAAAAUUGUUUUUAUUUUUCAGCAAUGAAAAAUAACCAGUUUAUUAUGUAUAUGUUACUUCAUAUUACAUGUAGCAUAAUGAUU